UUUUGUGUUUGCGCAAAGUGCGCAAAAUAACGUCUAACACGAACUGGCGCCUUCUCUUCAUGUAACGCCGCCGCGGUGUUGUGUCGUUAAAUGUGUAAAUAUCUCAUGUAAUAAUCCACAAUGGCAAAUAUAAAUCUAGACAAAGAAACUUUUCAUCGCCGUUUAAAGAAGUUAUACAGUGCCUGGCAAAAAUCGGAGAGCGAGAAUGGUUUCUCUAAGAUGGAUGCUUUGGUUACAGCCGUCGGUGUGGACGAUGAAGUUGUUUACAGCAAAUCGGGGGCCCUCCAGACCUGGCUUUUGGGCUACGAACUCACCGACACCAUUAUGGUUCUAACCGAGAAGAAAGCUCACUUCCUGGCCAGUAAGAAAAAAAUUGAUUUUCUCAGACAAGCGGAAACCAAAGACGAGAAUGCGAUUCAGUUGUCUUUGCAUGUGCGAGACCGUACGAGCGACGAAGCCAAUUUCAAGCUUCUCAUUGAUGCCAUUAAAGAGAGCAAAAAUGGAAAAACAAUUGGGAUCUUUUCUAAAGACAACUAUCCGGGAGCUUUCAUGGAUGCUUGGCGAGCCGCUUUGUCUAAAGUUAACUUCCAAACUGUUGAUGUAAGCGCAGCAAUUGCUUAUUUACUGUCGCCAAAAGAAGACUCAGAAAUCAUAACUAUUAAAAAAGCCUGCAUGGUAAGUGUUGAUGUGUUUACAAAGUAUCUCAAAGAUCAGAUAAUGGAGAUAAUUGACUCGGAUCGUAAAGUUAAACACAGCAAACUGGCAGAAGGCGUGGAGUCUGCAAUCGCCGACAAAAAGUACGUUUCUGGUGUUGAUGUGUCUCAGGUUGAUAUGUGUUAUCCUGCCAUAAUUCAGUCAGGGGGUAAUUACAGUUUAAAAUUUAGUGUAGUGAGUGAUAAGAACACUCUACACUUUGGGGCCAUUAUAUGUUCACUUGGGGCCCGGUAUAAGUCUUACUGUUCAAAUAUUGUCCGUACAUUGCUUGUAAACCCAAGCGAACAAGUACAAAACAAUUAUAAUUUUCUCGUUACUCUUGAAGAAGAAGUUUUGAAGAAACUACAAGCCGGAACCAAGCUUUCUGAGGUUUACGAAGCCGGUUACAAUUUCGUUAAAAAGGAAAAGCCCGAAUUGGCGGAUAAUUUGACGAAAAAUUUCGGUUUUGCAACAGGGAUAGAAUUCAAAGAGAGCUCACUUAUGAUUGGCCCGAAGACAACUCUCCCUGCCAAAAAAGGAAUGGUUUUCAACGUCAACAUGGGUUUUAGUAAUCUGGUAAACAAAGAUGCGACCGAUAAAGAAGGCAAAACUUAUGCUUUGUUUAUUGGCGACACUGUGAUGGUGAAUGAAGGUCAACCGGCCUCAGUCCUCACCAUAUCUAAGAAGAAAAUCAAGAAUAUCGGAAUUUUCCUUAAAGAUGAGUCCGAUGAUGAAGAUAACGACGAUGAGAAGGAAAAUGCCCCAAAACCUGAAAUACUAGGAAGGGGCAAACGCACCGCCGUCUUGGAAUCCAAACUUAGGACAGAACAUACGUCCGAAGAGAAGAGAAAAGAACAUCAAAAGGAAUUAGCUUCGAUGUUGAACGAGAAAGCAAAGGAACGCCUAGCUAAACAAUCGGGAUCGAAAGAUGUUGAGAAAGUUAGAAAAAGCACAGUGUCGUAUAAAAAUGUCAGUCAAAUGCCCCGUGUGCCUGAAGUUAAGGAAUUGAAACUCUACGUGGAUCAAAAAUAUGAAACCGUCAUUUUGCCGAUUUAUGGGAUUGCGGUGCCGUUCCAUAUUUCCACCAUUAAAAAUAUAUCGCAGUCGGUCGAGGGCGAUUAUACGUAUCUUCGUAUCAACUUUUUCCAUCCUGGAUCCACCAUGGGCAGGACCGAUGGUGGCAACUACCAGCAACCUGAAGCCACUUUCGUUAAAGAAGUCACCUACCGCAGUUUGAACACCAAAGAGCCCGGAGAAAUUUCCCCUCCCUCUUCGAAUCUCAACACUGCAUUCCGACUAAUCAAGGAAGUACAACGAAAAUUCAAAACCCGCGAAGCCGAAGAACGUGAGAAAGAAGAUCUUGUUAAACAAGACACUCUGGUCUUGUCGCAAAAUAAGGGCAAUCCAAAACUUAAAGAUCUCUACAUACGACCUAAUAUCGUCACUAAGCGUAUGACUGGAGCUUUGGAGGCUCAUAGUAAUGGUUUCCGUUACACAUCUGUCAGAGGCGAUAAAGUUGAUAUUUUGUAUAAUAAUAUUAAGAAUGCAUUCUUUCAACCUUGCGACGGUGAAAUGAUCAUACUUUUGCAUUUUCAUCUAAAGCAUGCGAUUAUGUUUGGGAAGAAGAAGCAUGUGGAUGUUCAAUUUUAUACGGAAGUGGGUGAAAUCACAACGGAUUUAGGAAAACAUCAGCACAUGCAUGAUAGAGAUGAUUUGGCCGCUGAGCAGUCCGAAAGGGAAUUGAGGCACAAGUUAAAAACAGCGUUUAAGAGCUUUUGCGAAAAGGUUGAAGCCAUGACAAAACAAGAAAUUGAGUUCGACACUCCCUUCCGAGAACUCGGCUUUCCUGGCGCCCCCUACCGGUCAACAGUAUUACUCCAACCGACGUCGGGUUGUCUCGUCAAUUUAACCGAAUGGCCUCCAUUCGUAAUCACUCUUGAAGACGUCGAAUUAGUCCAUUUUGAAAGAGUUCAAUUCCAUUUGAAAAACUUUGAUAUGAUUUUCGUUUUUAAAGAUUACCAGAGAAAAACGGCGAUGGUGAAUGCCAUUCCUAUGAAUAUGCUGGACCAUGUUAAAGAAUGGCUCAAUUCGUGCGACAUACGAUACUCUGAAGGUGUCCAAUCGUUGAAUUGGGUGAAAAUUAUGAAAACCAUCACCGAUGAUCCUGAGGGAUUCUUCGAGAGCGGCGGAUGGACGUUCCUGGAUCCGGAAUCGGACGAAGAAGCCCAAGCACAAGAAGAAGAAACUGAGGAUGAAGAUGAAGUUUACGAACCGACCGAUAUGGAAAGUGUUUCAGAAGAAAGCGAAGAAGAUUCUGAAUAUUCGGAGGGAGAUACUGAAGAGAGCGAUGAAAGCGGUUCUGGAGAAGAUGAUCUGGGAUCUGAUGAAGAAUCCGGAAAGGACUGGUCAGAUCUGGAACGGGAAGCUGCAGAGGAAGACCGGGAACGUAAUUUCGAUGAUACUUUCGAGCGAAAAAAAUCGUCGCAUCACAAGUCGAGCAAACCCAGUAAACAUUCGUCGAGUAAAAGCAACCAUAAAAGUUCCCCGAGCAAACAUUCUAACAACCAUCAUUCCUCAAGUAGCAAACAUUCGAGUUCGAAACAUAGUAGCAGAGAUAGCGAUAGACGUAAAUCUUCAAGUUCUAAAUCGAAGUCUUCACCCUCGAAAGAUAAGGAUCGUCAUCAUAGAAGUUCCCAUUCUGAUUCGAAAAAGCGCAGUCGAGAGGAAAGUAGCGACAAACAUCGGUCCAAGAAAUCCAAAAAGUAAUUCGAGGAUUUUUUUUGUAUAAGUUAUUUCUAUGUUUUAGAUUUGUGUUUAAAGUUAUGUGUUUAGUUCAGUCUAAGUUCUUUCCACUGAAUGUACAGAUUAAACUUUUGAUAUAA